AUGGAAUCGGAAGCAUCUACCACUACUAAAACUGACAAUAGCAACAAAGAUCCCACAUGGAAAUAUGUGCACUUGGUGAAUCCAAACAAUAGAAAUGAUGUUGCUUGUAACUUUUGUAGCAAAGUUACAAAAGGAGGGAUAUUUCGAGCUAAACAACAUUUAGUUGGAGGAUUUCGAAAUGCUACAAUAUGUAAGAAGUGUCCAACACAUGUGCGUAAAGAGCUACAAGAGUAUAUACAGCAAAAGGCUUCAGCAAAAACCUUAGUUAAAUUGCCUGAUUAUGAGGAUGUUGAAAUUCUUGGAGAUGACGAAGAUGAAGAUGAUGUUGGGACAAUUCUUAGAGGCUCAAAAGGAAAUAGUAAGGUUCAAAAGAAGGCAAGGACAAAGGGUCCAAUAGAUUUAUAUUUUUCCAAAAGUGCUGCAAAGGCGGUGCAAGAUAGAAAAAAUUCAAAGCUAAAGCAAACCACUAUUAAUGAGGCAUGUAAAAGGGAAUUGCGAAAAAAACAUGUAAGGAUAUAG